AUGGAUGUAUUUUACUCGUACACAUAUGGAACAGCAGGAUGGCUUGCUUUACAAGCAGUUCCAUUAAUGCUAUCUCCUACCAUCAUCAUCGCUAUGCUCUCACCUGAAGUGCGAGAUGCUACUUUACUCGAAGAAUACUUUUCCAGAUCCCUAGGAAUAACGCUACUCACCCUCGGCGUCCUGAUCGUCCUCCUAACCGGAUCCGUCCCGCUCACCUCUUCCCUGUCCGAUACUGCCUCCUCUGCAGUCACAUCUUCAGCCAGUGACCCGAAGGCUCCCUACGCAGUCCCCGUCCUUACAAUUUCUACCAUUUAUCAUGGAGUGAUCGCGUUUUACUGCUAUGCGCGCUACACAACAAGUGGUACUUUUACAUUUGCAUUGGGAUCGCUUGGGUCGACGACAUUAUUUGCGAUAGGGGGAUGGUGUAUACUUUUUGGAACGGAGAGUGGGAGGAUUAGUAAAAAGACGGGCGCGGAUAAAAGGACGAGCGGGUGGCCAUUUGGCAACCAGGAGAGUGCGAGUGCGAGGAAGAGGGCUCUGAGGAGGGGGUUGUGA